GAAAGUUGCAACUAUUUGCAGAGGCAUAAUGAGAAAGAAACUUCUGAUUUUGCAGCAUCACAUAUUAUUGAGUCAUUUGCUGACCCAUUCAUUGAGGGGGAAAAAGGACACAGGCUGAAAAUUCCACCUGAAACAGGUCAGGGAGGAGCAGAAGAUGCCUCCUGAAGAAUAUGUAUUUCAAUGAAGAUUACUCUUCCUUCUGAAAAAGAGGACAAACUGAACUAUGGAAUAUUUAACAUUGCACCAAAACAGGUGGAUGUGAUGGGGGAAAAUAUCUUGCAUCUCUAUCUCUCUCAUAUAUAUUUGUGUGUAUACACACACACUCACUCUUUUUUUUUUUUUUUUUUUUUUUUUUUUUUUUUUUUUGGAAGAUAACUAAAACGUCAACCUGUGGACUUCUUUUAUUGCUAAAAUAUGCCCUGGGGAAUAGUAGGAAAACCUAGAAAAACCUUCACAAGAAAUGGUAUCGCCUGCCAGUCAGAAGGUUAGUGAGGUACUGUGAUCAAAGCAAAGGAGUCAGUAUCUCAAAGAAGCUUUGUCUCAGCACGCGAGGAGUGUCUGAUACAACAGACUCCUUCAUAGCCACAGACGUGGCUUCAGUAGAUGCUCUUCUAGACACAGAAGCCGAUGAUGCAACUGAUUUCCCUGGAUGACUUUUGCAUACCCAGGGAGAAAAUGGUAGCCCAAGAAAUGUUUGGAUCAUCAGAGAGAACAGCUGUAGAAGACCAAAUAACACGUAAAAUAAGGGUCUGAAGAAAAUUGACUGACAUAUUGAUGGCAAUGAACAUUGGUAUUUCAGACUUGAGUUACUUCAGGUAGCAAAAAUGGAAAUAUAUUUGUUGUAAGCCUGGCCAUUGCAGACUUGGUAGUGGCGAUCUACCCAUACCCACUGGUCCUGACAUCUGUAUUUCAUAAUGGAUGGAAUCUGGGCUACCUCCACUGCCAAAUUAGUGGUUUCCUGAUGGGCCUAAGUGUCAUUGGAUCAAUAUUCAACAUUACCGGCAUUGCUAUUAAUCGAUAUUGCUACAUCUGCCACAGCCUCAAGUAUGACAAGCUGUAUAGUGACAAGAAUUCUCUGUGCUACGUCAUUCUCAUCUGGAUCCUGACAUUUGUUGCUAUUGUUCCUAAUCUGUUUGUUGGAUCUCUACAAUAUGAUCCACGAAUCUACUCGUGCACAUUUGCACAAUCUGUGAGCUCACCAUAUACAAUAGCAGUGGUGUUUUUCCAUUUCAUGCUUCCCAUAGGCAUAGUUACUUUCUGUUACUUGAGAAUAUGGAUCCUUGUUAUUCAGGUAAGGCGAAGGGUUAAACCUGACAACAAGCCCAGGCUGAAGCCACAUGACUUUAGGAACUUUGUCACCAUGUUUGUGGUAUUUGUACUGUUUGCGAUCUGUUGGGCUCCUUUGAAUUUCAUAGGCCUGGCUGUGGCUGUCGACCCAGACACAAUAAUCCCCAGGAUUCCAGAGUGGUUGUUUGUAUCCAGUUACUACAUGGCAUAUUUCAACAGCUGCCUUAAUGCUAUCAUAUAUGGACUCCUGAACCAGAAUUUCAGAAGAGAAUACAAGAGAAUUAUUGUCACAAUUUGUACAGCAAAGGUUUUCUUUCAGGAUAGUUCUAAUGAUGCAGCAGAUAGGAUGAAAACCAAACCCUCACCACUGAUUACAAACAACAAUCAAGUGAAGGUAGACUCAGUGUGAAAAUGGGACCCUCACCAUUGCCGAUCUACAACAUUCAAACACUAGAUCUGUUUUAUUAGCUACGCAGUUGAAGUGCUGUAGUGAAAUACUAGUCCUAUAUGAAAGGUACUUGGACAAUGUUCUAUGUACAGUAUUUGUGAGCCAAAGUAACACAGCCUUGACAUAAAGAGCCUCCUGUUUUACAAUCUCUCUUUCAAAUAAUGACUCACUUAUAUGCUUAAGAUAUUACAGGGUUACAGAAUUUUUUUUUAAUUUUCUGUUUAACAUAGAUAACUGAAGAUGGAUUGGAACUGAACUGCCAUAUUAACUGGCUGUUUGAAAAAGCAUCAUCAACCCACAGCUGGACUCCCUAAAUUGCAAGGCAGGUUAUGGUACUAAUUUUGACACCCUUAACAACGUCUGUUAAAGGAAAAAUGGGAGCUAUUUAUUCCAGUAUGCAGAAACGUGAAAAGAGGAGGGAGAAUACUUGAAAUGUUUCACUAAGAAUCUCAGUCUAUAUAUUUAAGUUCCUAUAGCAGUCAUAACUUUGUGGCAAGUAAACCUCACCACUCCUUUCAGGUAACUACACAGCCCUUGUUUAGUUCUCCUCUUUAAAACUGUUUUUAGGAGGAAAAAUAUGCAUGUCUGAUUAUCUCAAAAGCUACAAGGGCCUAUAAAACAGCUAGGGGCAUGCUGGAGGAUGGCAGGGAGCACACAUGGGUUCAACAGGAGCUCAAAGAACAUGGAGGGAUUUUGAGGAAUGGGCACUUCCAACUUCCCUAACGUCCAGGAGAAAUACAAUGGGAGAAGACUGGAAGCCACCCAAAAGGAGAGAAUGGGGCAGAUAUUCUCUGGAGAUAGUAGAGAGAAGUGUCUGUUGCUUCUCUGUGACCAGCGGGAAUUGCCAGGCAUGGGCCAAGAAGCCAAAUGAACUUAUGAGGGCAUCUGAGGGGAAUGGGAGUUUGUUUUGGAGAGCGACAGGGCAUCCAUAGGUUUUGACUGCUUAGCUGAACUCUCAACCACAUGAAGCCUGGAGGAUUGAGAUAAGCAUAUCAGAUUCACUUACUGCUUCCCAAAAUGAGCCUGUGACCCUGUUCUAACCCCUGGAAGCCAGUAGAGCCCUGGCUGCUUCUCAGAAUUGUCCAAAAAAGCUUUUUGAAAUGUUGGUAUCUAAACACCUCAUCCAUAGUUACCAAUGAUGAAAAUGGUAUAAAAGCCUAGAGAGAUUAACAGACCAGAAUAAUAGAGAAGAGAAAAGAGAAGGCACCACUACCCUGUGGUAGAGGAGCAAAGGAAUAGAUGGUUCCCAAUAUUGGACCAGCUACUCCCUAUGUGGCCUAUCCAUAGAUGUGUUCCAUGCAUGGGAAAGAGAUGAAGAGGGUGGGGAAGGGAGGAAGUGCGGCUAGGCAGGCCUUGGCCUUCUACAGUGAAUCUCCACAUACAGUGAACUCAUUUGGUGAAAAAAAAAAUUUUUUUUUUUAACAAGAAUAGGUUUCAGCUUUUUCAGUUAAUGGACUGAGAUCCUUUCAAACACUAUGCAAGGAUUGUUCUCUCACUAACUCGCAUUAUCAUUAAAAAGAAUGAUCCACUGAAUUAGAUCUGUAAAGGUUUCAGCUAUCAUAGCUUUCUAAUCAUUAGCCAUCCUAUCCUGGCAUAUAUUUACUUCCCACGAUCACUGAUGCUUGAGUUUUUCCAAGACAGUUCCAGCCAUCUCUACAAGACUAAAAGGUUUUAAUAGUUUAUCAGAAUUUUAUUAUUAUAUGUUAAAAUAUACACUAUAUUGAAACUGGUUCAUUAAAAUAAUUACAUGAUACACUAGAAAAAGAUUUGGAUUUCAACACCUUAGAUUUCUUUGAAAACAUUAAAUACUCACUGUAUUCUAUAAUUCCUUAACAGUAGACAACCUUAAAAGCAUCUCAUAUCUUUUGGGCAUACAUUAUCGUACACUUGACUUAAUAUAAAUUAUGAGCUAAACAGAACAUUCAUACAUAUUUGAAACCACACUAACAUUUUGGCAACUGAACAGUUUCUUACCUUAAAAACAGGUGCCUCCUGUUGUCCUUCACUCACUUCAGGCUUGUAAUGAACCUGACUAACAAUGAUGAAACAAUUUCCAGAUGAACAAGCCAGUCAAUGCAUUAUCAAGGUGCUUGACUCAUCUUUGUUUACAUUCAAAUCUGUGUUGGCAUUCAAAACCACUCUGUAAAUAACCAGUUCACUUCUAUUGUGGUAUCAUCAUAUGAUAUGAUUAACAGUAUAAAGUACAUCACAGCUUCCUUCAGUGAUUUCAUCCUUAGAGGAUGCUUAAUUGUGUACUGGCAUUGCUUAUAGUGUGUAGUUAUAUCACAAUAAUGAGGGAGGCAAGACCACCCAUAUUAGUCACAUAAGAAAUACACUAUUUAAAUUACUACAAAAAGUCUUGCCGUAUUUAAAACAAAUAUUUUCACUUAAAACAAUGUAAUAUUUUAUGGGGAAUCUGAUAAAGUAGUUUCAGUACUACUAAAUCAUCAGUGAAUUUAGUAUUGUCAAAGGUUUUUUUUCACUUGCCCAUUUCAAACUGGAAGCGUACAUGUUUAUCACUUCUACACAUGUAUAAGCCUUGAAACAGCCAUUAGUGUGGGUUAUCUGAGGAAUUAAAAUCCCUUUUAAUUCACAAGUGUGAAAAUAUAUUUUUGAUUACAAUAAAAAAGCUCAUUUGCUAGACACAAUAAAUCAUAUACCAAAGGUCUAUAUUUUGGUGAACAGGCCUGUAAUUAAAAUUGAGAACAUUUUUCAGAUCUGGUAUUUUGAAGAAUUUGUAUUAAUACUAAAACUACAGAAAUUGUGUAUGUUGGUGAUGAUAUGAACUGCUAAAUAUAGCAAUAAUUUUAAAAAGACUAAUCCCUUGCUCUUUUGGGGGGUAUUGUUGCUUGUAGCUAUUUGUUUGCCCCCAAAUUAACACAGGUGACCAGCUGGCUGGAACUUUUAGGAAAUUAUUUGCUGACCUCUUCAAAUUUUUCUGCUUAUUUUUUGACCAUUCCAUAGUAUGUUUUUAGGAGUGUUUCCAAAGUCACUCCCAACCAACAGCACCUCCAAAUGCAAAACAACUGCAAAUUAAAACCAAAGUACCAAUGUUUAAGUUCCCUAGAAUGAUUUAUGGCCUGAUCCUGUGAGGUGCUUGCAACAUGAUGAACAGCCUCUGUUGGAAGUUGCUCAGCACCUCAGAGAAUUGGGCCAUCUAUAAUCAACAAGUAAUGCCUGAAGAACAUAGGAUGCUUCUUUCUCAGUAAAAAUAGAACUAAGCUCUGGCAGUUUACCCAAACAGUCUUGCAAUUGAACUGUACAAAUGCAUGAUCCCUAAGAUACAAGUAAAGAUAUUUUUACCUUCAAAGUGAUGAAAUUCACCCCUGUGUAAAAGACCAGCAUAGACCACUUAAUCCAAUUAAACUGUAUUUUGGAGGCUUAGGCCCUUUGAAUAUGGGUGAUUUUCACUCUUUAAGGACCCAGUCCUGCAAUGUGUUACACAUGGAUAGACCUUUGCUUUUGAGCUGAGCCUCAGUGAAGCCAAUGGACAUCCAGGCAUGAGCAGGGAUACACCCAUGUGCAACACAUAAAAUCAAUGGCUAAAUGAGUCUCAAUUUUCCCUGUGAAAAUUCUUUUUUAUGUAUGAUCCUGGCUGUGCUAACAGUCAGUCUGUCACUGUGUGUCAUCACAUCCUGAAUAACACUGUUGCUGUGUUUGGUACAGUCAUUUUAUGGUGAUGAUUUUCAGUGCAAGCUUUAUAUAACACAAAAAUAUAGCACUGUUUCCUUUUAACUAGCACAGAAAAUAUUAACUCAUUAAUAUUAGUUAGUGUUUAUAGUAUUUAAACAGUGAUUGUUUGCAGCUAUGCACAUUAAUUUUGAAUAGUUUACUUAUAGUGCUCAUCGCAAUAUUUCUUUCGCUCAACUCUGCUACUAGUGGAACAACACGGAAAAACAGCAAAAAAAUUCUAGAAGAAAGAAAGGAAAGGUGAAAGGAAGAGGCGCAUAUGUUAAAAUUGAUCUGGGAUUACUUUAAUAAACAUUGGCCACCCAAAACAGCCAUAUUGCUGAAUACUGACCAUAAUAUUUAUGAUACAUUAUGUAUAAAUGCCUAUAAACAAACUAGGCCAAUAUAUUAAACAAUAUUAAAGAUAAAAGACUAGCUCCUCAUAAUGUAAAUCAGCAUAACCCCACUGAUUUAUAACAGCUGAGGAUCUGGCAGUAUUUACUUUCAUACAUGUACAGGACACCUAUCAUACCAUUACACUAGCUACGUUUCUCUCUUAAUUUUAAAGAAUUCAUCACGUCAGCUAUCCAGGUCUAUACUAAGGUUGUGGAGGAAUGUGAAAUUGCCUGCAAAAUCUCUGCAAAAUAAACCUCAUCCAAUAGAGUUGUCUAUGUGAUUUAUUUUUUGAAUAAAGUAAAUAUAUUGACUCAAUGGCUUGAUUAAACUUCUGUUAUCUAGUCAGGUUUCAUUGUUGCUAUAUUGGUGAAAUCCUACAAGCUUUUGGCAGAUAUCCAGAAAUGAUCAUCUAUAUGUAACUCUAUGGAUGUAUGAAAAUAGACAUGUCACACACAUUUCCCCAUUAGGGUGCACAAGGAUGGCAUUUAAUUACAAACAUGUAAAUGGGGUCCUGAUCCUGAGAACUCUUACUCAGACAGAUUCUUACUCAGACAAGUAUUCUCAUGAAAAUGGAGUCAUCUCAUUGACUUCAGCAAGAACUACUUGUUUAACUGCUUCAGGAUCAAGCCCUAGAAUAGUAACCUAAAUUACUGCUUAGAAGCCAUAAAUUAGAAAGUGUGAGAGAACAUUGAAUACCCUGAUGAAACAUUGGAGAAUUUGUUCAAGGAUGGACAAGAAUCAUAUCAACAUGUUAUAAUAGUGCAACUGCUAAUGGUAAGAUUGAUUUCCCCGCCCUCUCCAAAUCAAAUAGUUACAUGGAUACAAAAUUACACUUCUGUGCAAUCUUUAGUGAUGCAUUGUCUAGGUCACGCCCUCACAACACACAAAGUAUAACUAGUGGUUAUUUUGAAGAAAGAAUUGAAAUAUUUUAAAUUACAUAUAACUACAAAGGCUACACAUUGAAGGGACUUCUUCAAGCCAUGCUAAAAGGUAUGCUCCACUGGCUUAGAUACGGCAACUAUUCCAACUCUGCAGUAUAUCCUCAGGUGGACUUUGCAUUUAUGGUCAGGAUAUUUAUCAAAAUAUGCAUGUUUAAAUCCAAAAGACCAGUAUACAGCCCUUGGAACAGAAGGACGAUAGUUGCACUGACGAUGUAUAUGCUCAACCUGAGCAUUUGCCACAACCCAGUAUGUCACUCAUGCCAUAUUCCAGGAUAAUUCCUUCCUUCUCCCUUCAGAAUUAGCCCUUCUCUAAUUUCAUAUUCCAAACUAUGGCCCUUUCUACCCCAUGUCUGAGCAGGCUACCAGCCUGACUUUCCCCACCCACCUGUCCGCAGCAGCCAAUCCACUCUUUCAUGAGCAGUGCUCUCGGCUGUGUGUCCCAAUCUCAGUGCAACCACCAAUCCUUUAUUUAAGGGAUGUCUGAUGGUCCUCCACCCAUACCUAAUAUGGAUAAGCAUCUUAUUAGAUACAAAUAUAAAGUUUAAGCAAUAAUCACACAAAGGGUUCUGCAUUUGGAUGCCAAUGUAUAUUUUUUGUACCAUGAAUAAACCACCACGAGGUGAUGUUCCUGCAACAGAAGUUUCCUGUAUAUUUCAUACAGUUUGCUUUUAUUUCCUUGAAAUGCAGGUGGUUACCCUGCUGCCCACCCCCUCAUCUUGUUCUCCAGCCACAUGACACCCUCCCCUGUUGCUUCCUGAACUGAGGGAGGGACCAGGAUUAGAGAUCAGGAGGAAACAAAGUCUCACUGAGGACUUGUCUACAUGGAACAUUAUUGCCUGGCAUGCACUAAAACAGGAGUUUCAGGAGUUCUGAAACUGCACUAUGGAAUGUUUAGCACACAGUAGCAAGGUCCAUGCAGCCAGUUAAUGUGCAAAAAACUAGUGCAUUGUAGAUUCACAGCCUUGGCUUGCCACGUACAAACUCUCUGUGUAGCCAAGCCAUGAGAGAGCAACCUGGGAGGUGGUGUUUUGGUUCCCAAUAGGGAGAAGACUCACAUCAGAUAGAAAACACAACUCAGCCUACCCUCCCAGGGGCCUUCCCUCCUCCCUAGCACAGCUACCCUAAUGGCUUCACUUAAUAAUGAAUCCAAUCAAUGGGCCAGCUAGUCAGUAUCUUCUCUCUGACAUUAGCCACUACUGUUUGAAGAAGACGAACAACCUCUUUAGUGACCAACUUCACAAUAAAGUAGCUAUGGGAGGAGUUUCCAGGCAGGUAGUGAUUUGCUUAAUCUCCUGAAAUAUGUAGGUUAUAAAUGAUUGUUCUGCCAAGCUAGUAUAAAUAUGUAGUUAUUACAAUUAUAUGUUUACCUGCAAAUUUCCUAUGGCUGAGUGUUUGGAAGUUCCUCACCAUACACUGAAAUGGCAAUUUAAUGAACUUGAUGGUCCCAGUUUUGCUUUCAGUUACACUGAAUUUCAUAACAGCUACAUAAAUGUAUGUGAAACCCAAACUUCGCCUGUUAUGUGUCAUUCUAUGAGUACCUAUCGUUUGAUCAAGACUUUGUUGAAUAACAUUUAUCUAAUCAUUAAUUUGGAUUAAAUUUAUGAAAAUUUAAA